ACACUGAGUAAAAAGCUCAGCAUCAUCCAGUCCUCUUUAUUCCUCUUUAUUCUUUUAUUCCUCUUUUAUUCUUUUUAGCUUCCUACACGACUGAGAUCAGGAUGGAGUUUUACUGCUUGCAUGGAGAAAACCUUUACACAUUCCUCUCUGUUUAAUUCCAUCAUUAAACCCUCAGCUGUUUGGAUUUAAUCCUUCAUCCUUAAGCAUCAGCACUGAACUGAAGAUGAGUGAUAUCUACGAGUCGGCCGCCACCUCGCUGGGGCUCUUUAACAGUCCCUGUCUGACUAAAGUGGAGCUGCGUGUGACGUGUAAAGGAAUCUCAGACCGGGACGCUCUGUCCAAACCUGACCCCUGCAUCCUGCUGAAGAUGCAAUCUCACGGCCAGUGGAUCGAGGUGGACAGAACGGAGGUGAUCCGGAGCUCCAUCAAUCCCACAUUCUCCAAAGUCUUCACCCUCGACUAUUACUUCGAGGAGGUGCAGCGUCUCCGUUACGAGCUCUACGAUAUCAGCAACAGCCACAACGACACCAAGGAGGCCGACUGCCUGGGGGCCAUGGAGUGUACACUGGGACAGAUUGUGUCCCAGAGAAAGCUGUGUAAAGCUCUGCUGAAACACAGCAACACCGUGGGCAAGUCCAGCAUCAUGGUUACAGCGGAGGAACUGACGGGGAAUAACGACUAUGUUGAGCUGUCAUUCAGCGCCAGGAAACUGGAUGAUAAAGACUUUUUCAGCAAAUCAGAUCCGUUUUUGGAGAUUUACAGAGUGAACGAUGACGAAACACAGCAGCUGGUGUACAGGACAGAGACGGUAAUGAACAAUCUGAACCCUGUGUGGAAGACCUUCAAAACCUCGCUGAACUGCCUGUGCAGUGGAGAUCAUGACAGGAUACUAAAGUGCUCUGUGUGGGACUGGGACUCGAACGGCAAACACGACUUCAUCGGCGAGUUUAAAGCCACAUUUAAAGAAAUGCGUGGAGCCAUCGAUGGCAAGCAGGUGCAGUGGGAGUGCAUAAACCCCAAAUAUAAAAUCAAGAAGAAGAAUUACAGGAACUCUGGGAUUGUCAUUCUGAAUCAGUGUAAGAUUAUAAAGAUGCACUCCUUCCUUGACUACAUCAUGGGCGGAUGCCAGAUCCAGUUUACAGUUGCUAUUGAUUUCACGGCGUCUAACGGAGACCCACGGAACAGCUGCUCUUUACACUACAUCCACCCGUACCAGCCUAAUGAGUACCUGAAAGCACUGGUGGCUGUCGGAGAGAUCUGCCAGGAUUACGACAGUGAUAAAAUGUUUCCUGCAUUCGGUUUCGGAGCUCGGAUUCCUCCAGACUUUAAGGUGUCACAUGACUUUGCUGUGAACUUUAACGAGGAUAAUCCUGAAUGCGUAGGUAUCCAGGGUGUAGUAGAUGCCUAUCAAAACUGCCUCCCUAAGAUCCAGCUGUACGGCCCAACCAACAUCGCCCCCAUUAUACUGAAAGUGGCGCAAUCCGCCUCAGAGGAACUGCAUGUCCGUCAGGCCAUGCAGUACUUUAUCCUCUUGAUCCUGACUGAUGGUGUGAUCACAGACAUGGCUGACACACGAGAUGCCAUCGUUCACGCGUCUCACCUGCCCAUGUCCAUCAUCAUCGUGGGUGUAGGGAACGCAGACUUCACCGACAUGCAGAUUCUGGACGGAGACGACGGGAUUCUGCGCUCACCCAAAGGAGAACCGGUCCUGAGGGACAUCGUCCAGUUCGUCCCCUUCCGCAACUUCAAACACGCGUCACCUGCAGCGUUGGCCAAAACUGUUUUAGCCGAAGUGCCCAACCAGGUGGUGGAUUAUUACAACAGCAAGAGCAUCAAACCUAAAUGCCCCAGCGAGUUCGAGUCUUCCAGGACGUUUAGCCGCUGAACUCUGACUGCGAUCUGACUAGGAUCUGAUUAGGAUCUGAUUAGGAUCUGAUUAGGAGCUGAUUACCAUCAGCACGUCUGUCUCAGUCUGUCACUCGUAUUUUUGCAUGUGUGGAUGGUUGUAGGCUAAAGCUAAAGUGCCAAGUCACGCGUCUGGCGUUGAGACACAGAGACUCUGCAUGUUUCUCAGAGUUAGAACUGAUCUGUUUCUUUUUUAUGUUUAUAUUUAAACUGAGAUUUUGCUAAAUUUCUUAAUAUUCUUACAUUGUAAAGCAUUUUGGAUGGAGAUCGUGGAGAAUGUUUAGCUCUCUGUAUUAGAUACUGAACGUCUGCACCUUCAGAUAAAACUUGUUUUUCUUGCACAUGAGGAAAUGCAUGACUGUGUUUUGCAUGUUAAUAUAAAGGAAUAAACCAAAAUCUGUCCUUGUUUGGGUCUGGGGAUCGUAAGUGAAGUGAGGACGUGUCCCAGUGCUAGUGCUAGUGCUAAUGCUGGAGAUAAAAGAUCUUACUGGAGCGAUCUUCCUCUAAUGAUAGCUUUAAGAUGUUUAGCGAACAAACUGAUAAAAUGAUAAUAAAGUAACGAAGCAGAUUUCAGAACACAGAACACGUCUGCUAUCAGAAACUGAUCAUCAAAACCUGACCACCAAUCAGGAUCCAGAACUGAGCAGCACCAUGGUGUAAAACAUGUAUAAUCACAAAACCAUAUCUAACCUGAACAACUAAUCAAAUAUUUAUCUUACAUUUUUACUGGUGUUUUUAGGGACAUCACCGAGGCUCCUCCCACCACACUGUUUCCUGUAUCCUCCAUCUAUCGUUUUUAAAACAGAAUUGAAACUGAUGUAAUUGAUCAAAAGAAUUUGGAUUAUUGUGUAACUAUAUAACGUCUAUCAUUUUUUUGUGACCUCCACUUCGAGAAGCGACGAUACCUCGUAAAUUAGUAAAGAAUUAUAAUUAACAUGGUGAAGAUGUUCCUGUAGUGUAUUCAUCAGGUAGAUAAUCAGUUAAUUCUUAGAAUAAUUCUCUUAAUUUGCAUGUUCGCUUAGUAAAGUAUAUAGAAAGAAAAUAACGUUGUAUAAACAAGCAAACAAACAUCAGGAUGUGGGGUUUAGAGU